CUUUUUUUUUUAAUUUCCACUAAUAACUUACGAGGAACCUUGUAUAAAGAAACUACUGUUGAAGAAAUCAGAGCAUUUUUACUGUCCAAAACCUUGAUGAUAGACAAAAAAAAAAAUAAAGAAAUAAAAAAACCUACAUCAUUGUACAAUGAUUAUUUUACGUAAAAUCAAUACAUUCAUUUCUCAGCUCAGAAACUAAAAUAAAAAAACGUAUUGUACAUUGUUGAAUAACAGAAUAAUAGUAUGUAUAUCAGAACAAUUCACAAUUCAAACUUAAAUAAUUCAGCCUGAUGAAUUCAAAAAAUAAAAAGUAGAGGGGUGGAGGGGAUUUUCGGAAUUUGAUUUACCAAAACACACACCAAAACUUGACACUAAAUUCAGUAUAGUAGUUACUACACCUAACAAUAAUUAUUAGUUGCAGCACGUUGAAUCCAUUUUUAAGCCCAUUUUCACUUUCAUCAACAUCGAACAAAAUUUAAUUGACUCAUCAUCAUAUUAAGACUAAUAGAAAAUUGCAAUUUUUUUAGUUUAUGAGGACUCUAAUAUUAGUAGUACAGUCCGGCCACUCUAGAUCCUGCACUGCAAGCCAUGACUUCGAGAUUCGUGGUCCUUUACAUAGCGUUUUUCGCGUGGCCAGCGGUGCUUCUGCAGUGGACGCCUGCCGGUGCCGCGAACAUUCUGGCGGUGCAGACGAUUCCGGGUAAGUCCCACUGGAACGUGAUGCAGGGAGUGCUGCGGGCGUUGACUGACCGUGGCCACACAGUGACUGUCUUCACGCCGUUCAUAGAUGGGGACCGCGAUGGUUACACGGAGGUGGAUGUUUCGGCUGGUCUGGAGGUGAGGGUCGGCAUAAACAUGUCGCUCAUUACGAGUAUCCAAUCCACGCGAAAGGUGAUCUCAUACAUCGUGAACUCGACUAAGACCAACUGUGGAGUCAUUUUCGAUCACCCUCAAAUGCAAGAGAUCUUAAUUGGCCGUUCUCGGUUAUUCGACGUGGUGUUCGUCGAUGCGAUAUGGUCAGAUUGCGUGUCGUACGUGGCCACCGUUCUCCGCGUACCAACCAUAUACGUUGUCCCGUCGCCGAUCGUCACUUACACGGAACGUUCAUUCUUUGGCCACUUCCCCAAUCCGGCGGCUGUCUCCAACGUGCUGGCCAAUUACGCUGUUCCCAAGACGUUAGCCAACCGUUUCACUAACGUGCUGCAAACGGUUUACGGUUCAUGGUUGUUGUGGAGCAACGAGUGGUGGCUCCGGAAAUCCGAACCGCGAUUGUUCGACGCUGUGGACCUGGUCAGACCGUCGUUGACUUUCACCAACACGCACUUCAUCACAGAACCUCCAAGGCCACUGACACCGGGAAUCGUGCAAAUUGGUGGGAUCCAUCUGACUCCACCAGGACCGAUACCAAAGGAAAUUUUGGAGUUCAUUGAGGACGCACCUCAUGGGGUGAUUUACUUCACGUUCGGAUCGGUGAUUUCAAUGGAGUCGCUACCGGAAAAUGUUCAGAGCGCUUUACGAGAGGUGUUCGCACAGGUUCCGCAAAAGGUGCUUUGGAAAUAUGAAGGUGAAAUGGUUGACAAACCGAAAAACGUGAUGACUCGGAAAUGGUUUCCGCAACGUGAUAUACUAGUGCAUCCCAAUGUAAAACUGUUCAUAAGUCAUGGAGGCAUAUCCGGGGUGUACGAAGCUGUGGACGCGGGUGUGCCUGUACUCGGAUUUCCGUUUUUCUACGACCAACCGAGAAAUAUUGGCAAUCUAGUUGAAGCUGGAAUGGCGAUCUCUAUGGACUUGUUAUCUGUUACCGAAGAGACUUUUUUAAACGCCGUUUUACAGAUUGUCAACGACGAGAAAUACCGGAAAAACGCUAAAAUUGCUUCCAAACGAUUCAAAGACCGACCCAUGUCACCGGCGGACUCAGUGGUUUACUGGACUGAGUACAUAAUACGUCAUAACGGAGAUCCACAUUUAAAAUCUCACGCCCUGAGUCUUUCGUGGUAUCAAUAUUUUUUGAUUGAUAUUAUUUGCACAUUAUUAUUUAUUGUGCUUAUCGUUUUAUUUGUAAUUUAUUAUUGCCUACAAAUUAUGUAUAAACAAAUAUUUAAAUAUUUUCAUUAUACAAAAGCAAAACGUGAAUAAAAUAAAAUAAUUUUUAUGGUAAUAGUAUAUACUUAUUUUAUUGAACUCUUUCCUAAGAUGUAUUGUGCUGUGAUUCAUUACAUAGUUAAUUAAUAAUUCGAU